UCUCUCGUGCUGUCAACAAACGAGUCUUUCACUAAAUUUCCUUCUCGUUUUAUGUAAUUUAACAAGAAUUUUAACUAGACUAUUUUACCCAUUCUUUGAAUAGCACUCUGAACGCAUCUUUACCAAUCCAUUCAGAAGACUUGUUGAAAAACGUAACAGGAUAAGAACGAUACAAAUCAUUUGCUAUGAAUUUAGGAGGGGGGGACGAUUGGGACGACACAGAGUUGAUCAAGGCGUAUGACAAAGCUGUGAAGAACUGGCGAAAAUCAAAAUCUUCGGAAGAUGGUGGUUCUUCUGCUGCUGAGCCCACCAACAAUGAGACGGCAGGUAUCGGUCCUUGGGUUUCAGUUAAGAAAGAAGAUGUAAAUUCUGCCAUGUUGGGAGUCAGUAGUUGGAUUUUGGGUUCACCGUGUCGCGCAGUCUGGUCGCAGGAUGGAUUAGAAUAUGAAGCAAAAAUUGUAGGGAUUGUAGAACCUAAUUGUACGAUAAGAUUUGUUGGAUAUGGAAACCAAGAGUCAAAAGAUCUUGGUGACCUAAAAGAGACUUUUGGAAAGCGAUCUCGAGACAGACAACGCCGUGAGGCACAAGCAGCAAAUUCUCAGUAUCUUACUGUCUCCGGGACGGUAAGACCAGGAAUUGAUGGGGAAGAUUAUUUUUCCAGCGUUAGUUUGACAUCAUCCAUGUGUAACAACUGCCCAUCAAUUGCUAAUGGAGGUCAUGGUGAUGACGAUCAGUUGACCACGACCACCGAUUUCAGUGGGAUUGGUGGUGGACAACGCGAAUCAGUCUCUUCGUCAGUGUUUCAGUCACCCCGUAGGAAAGGAUCUCCUGGGAAUAAGAGGAAGCGUGAUGCAGCAGAUGCAAUGAGUGUUGAUGUAGAUCCAGAUACGCAAGGUUUAGAGUCUGGAAGAGUAGAAGACGCCCUUCCAUCAGGGGCUGAAGCAACAUUGGGCUCAUCGUCAUCGUCUUCAAACAUCUCAGAAGAUGACAAUGAAGAUGGCGAUGAUGAGGCAACGUCGGCUCCAGGAGGGUUUGGAGAAGCAUUUAAAGUUGGAUUCCCAUCAAUGGUUCCCCAGUUUCCAGUUCCUCCCAUGCCCAUGAGUUUGGCUGAUGCUAAAGGAAAAUUUAAUUUUGGACGAGGCCAGCUUCCAUCGUUAUUGUUAUCGUGGUAUAUGAGUGGGUAUCAUUCAGGAUAUUUUGAUGCUCAGCAGGCGAAAAAAUCUCUUGGAAAAGAAGAACCAUCAAAAUCUCGUAACAAUAAGAGACAACAAUAAGUUUUUUUUUCAGAUUCUGAAUAUAUUAACACAUAUAUAGAUUGGGAUUUCCAUCAGCAUCGAGUUGAUAGACUUACUGUCGAAAAUUAUGUAUUUUUUCCAUAAUUGCUGCUAACAUGUUUGUUUAAAUUUUGACCAUGAAAAAGUACAAGUGAUUGUCCAGUCGUACCUGCAAUAUUGUUAGUUAGUAACAUCUUGCAAAUGCGUCUGAUAUAAUUCUAUAAAAAGUACAGCUUUAAAAUAAUAACAUAUUAUUGCACUUUCUUUAAAGCAUUGCAAAUGAAUAACACGUUAAGAUUUGAUUCUGUAUUCUGUACCGUGAUAGUUAUGUAAAUUUUGAGGAUCUAACAAAAAUUUUAAUAAACGGCGUCUUAAAUCGUAAAUGUCACUGAUGAAA